GUUAAAAAUAUCAUAUCAAUUUUAUAAUAGCUAUCUUUUAAGUAUACUUCUCUUCUAAUACCACUAUUAAAAUCUAUAUUCAAGAUCUAAAAACAGAGUCUUAAAUUGUAAUAGAUAUUUGUUGCAGGUUAAUAUUAAAUUUAUAAUAAAUAUUAGGCAAAUCCCCAGUCUUAUUAAUCCAUACAACUCACCGAUUAUUCACGAUAGCAAUACUAAUAUCGUUUAUGACAGUCGAUAUGAUAUCUUGGGAAGGACUUCCCUUGGAGAUUCGUCUCGUGGUUUUGAAAGAGUUGAUGCAGGAUGGUUGUAGCUUGGCUGACUUCGCCACAGUGUCACGAGAGUGGCAGGAGAUCAUCGAGGCUCACAACUUCUCCCGGAUUAAGCUUACGUCGGCACGCCUCGCUGAUUGUGGUCAGAUGCUUCAUCGCAAUAGGAGUCUCGUGCGCUACAUUUGGCUUUGCUUGGAACUACAAGAAUAUGACUGCACUGAAUCUACUCCUCCAAAGCCAGAGAUGUUGAAGAUGAGCAACAUAAACAGUACCCUCAUCACCACAGGAAUCCUAAAUCUGUUCACAACACUCAGCGUAUGGGAACCAGGCAGUAGCUUGCUGCUAGAUAUCAGUGUCUACUCCCCCAGUGACUCUGAGCAUUGGUUCAAAUAUCUGAACUUUGAGCCUGAUGUUGAUUUCGAUAUGUUUGACCGGAAUCAACACACAAAGACUUCGAUGCCGAUUAGACCUACUGUCCACCACCACGAAUGGAUUGCUCCUACUCAAAAUUCCAUUGCACCCUUUAACGCUAUCGAGAAAGUCUUUGAAGGAAUCUUUUACGGGGAACCAUUUGAUAAUGAAGAACAAGAAAUUCAAUGGUGGCAGCAAUUGCCAUUAGUUCCGGUAGUAACAGGUAUACUUCUCCGUCAACAAACCCGCCGACGAUGGAAACCAACUACAUUGAGACGUAUGUUUGCUCUUCUACCUAGACUUCAGGAAGUUCAUUAUGAACCUUGGAGGGAAUGGUUUGAUGGUCUACAAACGUGUAUAGAUCGAUCUUCAAAACUUCUUUUUGAAUCGCUUUCUUGCGCUGGAUUACAGAGACUCAUAAUCUUUGAGAAUUUCGAUCAAACUUAUCCAGCUAGCUUUAGAUAUAGAUGUUCUCCUACGCGAAUCCCAUCCCUUUCUUUUGGCAGGGCGCUUGCUAAUGCUAGUUUUACACUUGAACAUCUCUCAAUAUCGUUCAUGGUAGAAGCUAGCCAUUUUUUCAGAGCUCGAGAACUUUCCUGGAAGUGGCCUAAGUUGACUUGGCUUGCAUUGCCUUCACGAGUGUUCAUACCACAAGAAUUUUCCUGGAAGUGGCCUAACUUGACUUGGCUUGCAUUGACUUCACGAUUGCUCAUACCACAAGAACAUCCAGUGGAGUUAAAUUAUAUGCUUCAGGCAGCAGCAGCAGCGGCUCUGAAUAUGCCAAAUCUUGAAACAAUGGAAAUAUGGAAUGGAGGGAAGGGGUUCGCAAUGCUCUUUAGAUAUCAGCGCGGUAAGCAAGGGCGACCUGCUGUCAUAACCUGUAAAGGAACAUGGGAACUGAACUUAGGACCCCUUGUAAUUCAGGCUUGGGACUCUGUAUCAUUGAAGGAUUGCGGCGAAGGAAUUGUUAUUAUAAAGGAGUUGCUGGAUAUAAGUGAUGAUAUCAAGUCUCAUGGUGAUGCCAUACAUUAUUUGGAAUUGUCAAAGCCUGUUGUUCGCCCCAUAUCACUGCGCCAGAUUCAAAUGCAGCCCACAAUUUUAUAGGUAGUAUAAGAUCAAUAGCCUAAUCUCUAUCACAAAUCUAGAAGUAUAUAGAAUUUCUAGAUACUACUUAUCACUUAUUAUUCCGAACAUUCUUGUUAAUAAUUGCUA